AUGGCGCUUCUUCUUGUGCCGUACAACAACUCCAUGCGACUUGGUCAGGGCUUCAACUCGUUUACGCAACAAGUCUGCAUUGACAAUGCCGUCGUCGGCAUCUCUGAUCCCGAAGAUUCACAGCCCCUGACACCAGGAACUUACGCGCCGAUAGCAAAGGACGGCGCACCGGCCCCGCCAGCCGUCAGUGCUCCCAUCAAAAAGGACAUCGAUGUCAUUCUCAACGACUCCGGGGGCAACAGGAUUGUGCGAUAUCCCAGCCAGAUCGUCACGUACACGUCCAAGUAUGUCUCGAAGCUCAGCGACGUCAGCAACGACCUCAACAUCUCCGGAUCGCUUUCGAUCAGAUACGGCGAGAUAUCUGGCGGAGGGUCUGGAUCGUAUGUGAAUACGGAAACGUUCCAGGACAGCGACGUCAACUUCGUCGUGGUCGUCAAGGUGAUCAAUCAGACCAUCAACAUCAAGGACCAGCUGCAAUUCUGGCCCCUCAGCGGCCGUGACAACUAUACCGCCCAGACAUUCACCGACAUAUACGGGGACUGCUUCAUUUCCGGAUUUCAGGAAGGCGGACAGUUCUCGGCCAUUGUGAGCAUUCGGGCGCGGGACAAAUCCCAGGUCACCGAGAUUGCCGCCAAGGCACACCUUGCUCUCCAGGUGGGGGUGGGCUCCGUCGACGCCGAGGGGGCCGUGAAAUCAGCAAAGUCCUUCAUCAACAAGAACUCCGAGGUCAACAUCACCGUGAACUGGUCCGGGGGCGGGCAGCUCAAGGAGGACCCUCACGCCAAGUGGGACAUUGACACGCUGCAGGACGUCGCGGUGCGCUUUGCCGAUCUCGUGGCGGCUUGCCCCCAACGCACGCAUGCCAUCCUGACCAAAUACACCGCGCUGCGUGGCUACCUACAGUGGAAGCCGGCCACGUUGCAGCCGCUCGACUAUGAAAUCGCCAACCUCUACACGUCCGAGCUGCUGGACGUCUACAUGGGCUACAAGCGGAUCUGGAAGGACAUCCACGUGAUGUUGGAAGACGCAGAGGACGACCCGACGGUGUUCGAGAAAGCGCCUGCAAUACCGGGCGACGGGGUCCGCAUGCCACCAGAUCCCGACGCCCCGGCCUCGCCGACGCCGGCGCCGGGCGCCAAGAUCGACCCGUUCGAGCCCACCAUCGCUGGCCUCGACGCUGCAUUGAAGUGCUGUCGCCAGCUGAUGGUCAAGAUCGUGACGGAAAACGACCAAAUCACGAGGGACCCCAAGCUGGCCAUCGAUUCCAAACGCAGCACGCCUUAUAUCCGCCCGCAGACCUUUCGACUUCUCCUGCCUCAGUACAAGGUGGGUGCAGUGCCGUGGGAUCCAAUUGGAGCCCUCCCCGUCGACUCAUCGCCCGGCGGCACGCCCUCAACACCAGUCAAGGUCGGCCUUCGCAGCGGAUACCAUGACUUUCGGUUCGACAACGAAACGACCAACAUCAACGUCCUGAACAACAGCACCUUGGAGGCACUAGUGCCCCUCUCGCCGCCCAUCACGACCCCAGCGGACGGCAUUCUCUGUCUCAACAAGGUCGACCUCCGUCGUCAAGGCACCGACCCAAGGACGAUCGCGCAAGCCUCCAUGACGGAGAUCCGGGCCGACCAGUACAAACCCCGCCUGUCGACCAUGUCGACCACGGACAAUGUCAAGACACGUUGCAACCAGCUCGCGUGCACCAGCCUCCUCGUGCCCCGCAACGAUCAAGUCCAGGUCGGCAUGUGGAGCAUGCCAUACCGCCAGCCGACGAACACGGCUCGGCCCGGGUUGACGACGUUCCGCCAGCGCGUCGACUUCCGCGUGCCGUACACCUCUUCGGCCCCACCGCUCGUGACGGUCUUCCUCGCCGGGUUCGACUUUGACUCGACGCCCCUCCUCAGCGCCCACGUCGCGCCCGACAACAUCGACAACAAGGGCUUCGACAUGGUCGUCACGUUCAGCGAGACGGCGCGCCAAGUCCACGCCUCCUGGUUCGCGUGUCCGCCCACGGCCAGCAACAUCGUAUGCGGCACCUCGCCCGCGUUCUGGCUGAAAGACACGGCAACCGAGAUCGUGGCGCGCAAGACCCAGGUCUCCUUCCAGGGCGCGGUCACUAUGCCGACCGACGCGUUCAAGUCGCCUCCACGGGCGUUCCUGGGCCCAAGUGGAUUCGUCAUGGGCAAGGAUUGGGACGUGAGGUUGCAGUCCCGAGCACAAAAUCUGACGGAAAAGGGGUUCGAUUGGAAUGUCAAUACGGUGGAUGACACGCCGCUGAUGGCGGCAAGUGCGAGCUGGGUCAUGUGGGCGGAAUGA